GCUGGAGAAGCUGCUUACACUCAAACAAUCUCACAGUCUUGCUCACAAUCUGGCAGAAGUCAAGCUGCAGGAGACAGGUACCAUGGCUUGGGUUUAUCUUUCGACAUCACCCUCUGCAACAGAACUUUUUAAAAUGCUUUGAGAGAUCUCUAAGGAAGUUUUAGUUUUUGAAACCUCAAAUUGAAAUUUAAGUGAUUAUUUCAUCAAGAUGAGCGUGAAAAGGAAAAAGUCUGGGCUGGUCAUCAGCUGGAGGAAGUCAUUCUCUAUCCUGGCUCCUUGGAGGAAGGGUAAAGGAGACGGGGAUGCAGUGACGGGAAGUGAUGUCAUCCUGACUAAAAUGAAGCUCUUCAACAACUUCAAUGAAAGACCGCUUAAGGCUGAUGACUGUAUGUCCACCAUCUCUACAGUGUCAGAUUCCGAUCAGCAGAUCUUAAACAAUAUCAAAGUCUCUGAGGUGAACUCUGACCUCGACGACAAGUCCUCACAGUACCACACGAAGUCCAGCUCAGACUACCUGUCGGCUAUUUUUUCAAACUCUCAGCUUCCUAGGUUGUACAAAUUUGAAUCAGAGGACUCUGGAGUGGAGCUCAACAGUGGAGCCAAUUCGCCAUUGACCCCAACAAGUUCAGAGAAGAGUUUUGUGGUGCACAGUCGAGAGCCUUCCUGUGAUUCCUGCAAAACCAACUCUGAUCAUACCUCCCCGCCCAACACAUUCAUUAUAAAUGUGCAAAGCUCUGAGAUAAAGCAGACUAUGGAUAACAAUCUGAACACAAGAGAGGAUACUCAAAGCAACUUGCUGAUAUACCGAGAUGAACACAGCGCUCUGUUGGAGGAAACAGAACUGCAUAUAAAUAAGGUAGAGGAGAAGAACAGACCUUCAGGAACAAGCCCUGGAGUCCUUUCUGAAGAGACCAGCGUAUUGACAGACAUGGGCUGUUCUGCGGACAUCAGGUCAGUCCAAGAACCUUUCGUGGGACUGCAAGAUGACAGCAGGAGCUCAGAAAAAGAUACUUACUCCAUGAGGAGGUGCAACACCAGUGACAGCCUCGAGGAAUACAUGGAGGAAUGCUACAGACUGAGUCAGGCACAGCAGCAGAGCCCUGGUCAUGUCUGCUCAGGUCUAAGCUACCUGCAGCACAUCUGCCAUCUCAUUGAAAAUAUUGGGAAGCUGCAGGAGACAAACCUGAGGCUGCAGGAGCAGAUCUGCACUUUGCAGAGCGAUCAUAGAAGGACACAAAGUAAAGAGGAUUUUUUCCAGGAGCACUGCAGCUGUGGAGAAGCAAUCUUAGCAUAUCAUGAGAUUCAGAAAAAGUCCUCCAGAAGUGAAAUCUCGUCUCCAACUGGCACUCUAUCUGAUCUGUCCACAAUACCUGAGGUCACUCAGCAGCCUCUUGCAUCCACCAGGACAGGAAUGAGCAAUGAAUGUGUGACAUCUGUCUCUCGGGGGAAGAGAAGCCUGAAUCGAAGGAGUUACAAUGAGGGGGGCACCCACUUCCUACAUGACAGGGAACAACAAGGGUCCAUCCCCCAUCGCAGACUGAGUGAAAACUACACUUGGGGCAGAGUCAAAGACAUUGUAAGGAAAGCUAAAGUAGGGAAUCAGAACCGUCUUGGAUUGACUUCCAGUUCUCUAAAGAUGUCCUGUCCACAGCUGUACAGGCCGGAUCUGAACCUGGCAGAACCAGCUGUGAGGAACAGGAACUCCAUGAUUGCUCUGGGCCAUCAAACCAAAUUGGACUUGCCUUGGCUGCAGUGAACACGCAGGUCCUUAAAGUGCAAAGUCAAGGAGAUGUCCUGUCAUACAGACAACAUUCAAGAACAAAGAAAACUCUAGGGGGAAAUGGAAUGAAAAAAUGAGAGGACAGGAGCAGCUGCUGCUGCUUACUAGGCAGAGAGAGAGAAGAAUAACUGCAUGUAAGAUAUAAAUUGUAAAAUAUUUUUUACAAGUAUGGAGUAUAUGAGUGAUCCUGUUAUGAAGUGAAGAGGAUAUAGCAAAUAAGAGACCAAGAGGUUGUUUUUUUUAAUACUUGUUAUGCCAAUAAACUUGGUUUUAUUAAGACGCAACAAAAUCAGUUAUGAACGACACUGUCAAUAUUUUAUAUUUAACUUAACGUGAUAAUGUUGAUUAAUUACACCAAAAGAAAACUCCUUUGUAUGUAAAGUGUACGAAACACCUUGUUUGGGGAUGUUCAAAGACCAUGUAAAGAAUGUUCUUAUAUGAGAAGAGAAAGCCUGUAUCAUCAGACCAGCUGUUUCUUUUUUUUUUGAUAUUCUGUCGUUAAAUAUUCAUAGAUUUUUGUAAGAUCAGUCAUUGUUUGGUAAUAUUUAAAAUGAGAAGUCUGCGUUUGUUUGACACAUUCCUUCCUGUGGUUUACUUUCCUACUGGCAAACUGUUCAGGGUGGAUCCCACCUUUAACUUUGAGUACCUGGGAGAAGCCCCCAGUAAUCGCUGUGACCCUGAACAGGUCCAGGCAGCAACAGAAGUGAAUAAAUGGGUUUACCGUUUGUAUUGGGUGAGUUCUUUUUAAGAUUAGAUGAAAGAAAUUAGUAUUUUAUACCACAUAGUCUCUUAGACUCUGCUGACAAUAAAGCAACAAUUUUCAAAAA